AAAUCGCCUCUCUCCUCUGUGUUUGUUCAAAAUGGCGGUCCAAGGUGUCCGCGGCUGGGCUCGGGCACUCUGCAGGGAGAAAGGGCCCGCUGCUGCAAAGCUCCUUUUCGGGGCCAGGGCAGCCUCUGGCCUUUCCAAGGACAUGCUGCCCGGCCCCUACCCCAAGACCCCCGAGGAGAGAGCAGCUGCAGCCAAGAAGUACAACAUGAGAGUAGAGGACUACGAGCCGUACCCGGAUGAUGGCAUGGGGUACGGAGAUUAUCCAAAAUUGCCUGACAGGUCUCAGCACGAGAGAGACCCCUGGUAUUCGUGGGACCACCAAGACCUCAGGAGGAACUGGGGAGAGCCGAUGCACUGGGAUUUUGACAUGUUCAUCAGGAACCGUGUGGAUACAUCCCCCAGCCCCGUUGAAUGGAAAACAAUGUGCAAACAUCUGUUUGGAUUCAUUGGGUUCAUGCUGUUCAUGUUUUACCUGGGAGAGAAAUUUCCUGCCUACCAACCUGUGGCACCCAAGCAAUAUCCCUACAAUAACCUGUAUUUGGAACGAGGAGGAGACCCUGAGAAGCAACCGGAAGAAGUGAAACAUUACGAGAUCUAAUGUGUAUAAUGUGUCUUCUGUAGAAUGUGUAUAUUUGUCACCCUAAUAAAAAUGAAAUAUGUAACCAUGUUUUCUU